AUGUGUGGAGAUUGUUUUCACUGGGAUAUGCAACAAUAUUUUGGCAUUCAUCGCAAGUUAUCUUUGAAAUCUCUGAUUUUGUCGGUUUUGUGGAGUAAUGCAUAUAGUUGGUCAUGGUUUGAAGCGAAAGAUCUGUGUCAGUCAAAUGGAACACUUAUUGGAACAAGAUCUAAUUCAGAUAACUUUUGGACCAAAUACUAUCACCGUCGCUCUCACUGGAUUUCCACAUUAGGAUGCUCCUCUAACGAUAGGUUGGGCAGUUAUAAAACCUAUGAUGUGCUUUCUAAUCUAAUAUCUGCAGGACUUUGCCAAGAACUUUGCAUGGAACACUUUGGGUCAAAUAGAAUAUUUUUAUUUGCAUAUGGGAAACAGAAAUGUAUCUGUCUAAAAGACAACCUUAUGGAUCUACACCUCCAUUUUGACAAUUGCAAAUCUGACUGUAUUGGAGACUUUGAAUUAACAAAAGACUGCGAUGAUAGGUUCCUCGUUCUUUUAUCGAAACCAAUCACUAAGCAGUUUGAUGUUUUAUCAAAUUCCACUUGCAUGGCUAUGAGUUUUGACACUGAGCAAACUGAAGAUGAUCUAAUUGAGCGCAAAGAUUGUAAGAAAGUGUGCAUUAAAUCAGAAAACAGACCACAAAAUCCAAGGAAUUGCACCGAAACAAGGAUGGCUUAUCUUAAAUCAGUAUUGAACAAAAGUUGUUAUGCUGCAAACUUUGAGAGUUCGAGAAAAACCUGGUUUAUUUUAAAAAGACAAAAGUACUUGAGUUAUGAUCGAGGUAAAUAUUACUGAAAAGCAAGGAAUGAUAUAAUGUUUGAUACAUAUCAAGUACUUUAAAUCAAUACCGCAAUUGUCACAACACAGCUGCGAAUAAUUUUAUGAAUUGAUAUCUAUGCAAGAUAUUGUGUUGCGUUCAAAUAAAGUUAUACAUUAAAAAGUACAUUGAAAUAUCUCAACAACUCUUCCAAAAAUUAAUUUAACAUUAUGAUAUCCAAUUCAAAAGUAAUUGACUAGACCAACUUACAAAACUGAAAAUGUUUUGAACAUCAUCCACUUUCAUUUAACCUAGAUCACAAAAUAUGCUGAACACUUAAUAACUUAAUGCUCUUCCGGGGGAAAGCUUUAAACUUCGU